AUGGAUUCGUUCAAUUCUGACUGUAAAUUGGUGAUAAAAAUGGCUGGACCGGAAGUGGAUACAAAAGAGUUAGAUUCGUUGUUGAAGAGAGUCGCCGACGUCUACUCCGACGCCGUCGCAAAGGAUGCAAAACCGAGUGUCGAUGGAUUCGAGACGAUGAUUGAGAAGAUGGUGAAGGGAGGAGCCGAAGGAUCGGAUUACAAGAGAUCCGCGUUGCUCAAUAAGAAUCAACAGAUCGAUGAUCGCUAUAAGGAACUCUUGAACUCGGCGGUCGACUGA